AUGAUGCAGCGGCUGUUUUGGGAGAUGUAAUCAUGACUUAGCAUGCGGGUAUAGAAGUGAGUGGCAAUGCAGUAGUGCAGUUUUUUGUAGCUGGGCCAACAACGGUGUUUGCGUAGCGAUGGUGAAUGACGGCAUCGACCGUAAUUGCACUCCAGAGAAAAGCAAUAAAUGCAUGAGAAGAUACACAUGCACUGCACAUAAAUCCCGCAAAAGGCAAUAUUGAUUUUCCCCUUGAACGAAUAGUGACUGCGAUACACGCUGACAAAUGUUUUCAUUCGGUAGAUAAAUAUAUGCAUAUGUGGAAGAGGAAAACUCACGUGCAACUGCAGUAGAGAUGUUGUAAAAUGUGUGGAGACCAGAGCACACUUUAUAACAACAAGUGAGGCCGCCGCCCAGCAAAGUGAUCGGAAAAGAACCGUUAGCGAGCGCCACGCAGCUUCCACCGACCCACGGCGAGCUCUGUCGCGCCUGCUGAGCCUCAUCAUCGAGCCCAGCAAGCUCAGGGUUAGGAUCCGCUCCAGGGAGAACACGGUGGUAAAAUGUAGAAAAUUGGUGAAGAGACACUGCUUAGAGCUUUUCGACCGUGACUUCAAUAUAUGGGCCGACUGUGCGCAAGAAAAGGUGAAUGAAUCGCACCUGAAGAGCUUUUCUCUCUGCCGGCGGUGUGCACACGACGCGAAACAUGAUUCAAAGAAGAAAUACCUCCAAAACAGAGCUCACUGUGUAUACCUGCGGGCCUUUUUUGGGGUGACGACGAUCGACGACUACGACGAGGUGGGCCAUUGAGCCGCGGAGAGACUCGUGGAGUUCACGAUCGAUCCACAACUUGUUUUGCUCGCGUACAUUCCUCGCGGUGCGGUGGGCUAUACGCGAUCGCGUAGUCGCGCGGUUUCAGUCUCGUUCGGAAAUUCCAUCGAUCAACAGCAGUUGUUUGUGGCUGCGCCUCUGAAGACAAAGCUUUCUCGAAUUCCUCUUAUCGGUUACGCGAGGGCAAGAGCGUGAGAGCAGAUCGGGUCGCGUCACGCGCGGGUGUUUUCGACCACGGAUAUGAUCGUUUGUAGAGUGGAUUUCUGUUGAAUUGGAAUCAGGUGCGAUUUAAAGGAGAUUAGAAUGGAGAAUAACUUGAUUCGAGUGUUGGAGGGACAGUACCUGGACGAGUUGACCAGUGAAUUGUGUGACUUUUCGUUGGAAGAACAGAAUGCGGCUACGGAGGCGCAAGGCGUCAAGCCUCUGGCUUCAUCGGAUUACGUGCCAAUCGUGGGCAAAAGUGUGACCUACGUGGUAGCUUGUGUGAUUGUUAACGACAAAAAUGAAGUGUUGAUGAUGCAGGAGGCGAAAGAGUCGUGUGCAGGAAAGUGGUACCUUCCAGCGGGUCGUAUGGAGCCCGGUGAAACGAUUAUGGAAGCUGGUAUGCGAGAAGUUCUGGAAGAAACUGGACUCAAAGUGGAUGUCACAACGCUUCUUGCAGUGGAAUCGGCUGGUGGCACGUGGUUCAGAUUCGUCUUAACGGGUCGGGUGUCAGGUGGAGAGCUCAAAACCCCGUCUCAAGCGGAUCAGGAAUCCAUUCAAGCCAAGUGGGUUGGCAAUCUCGACGAACUGAAUCUCCGCGCCAACGACAUACUGCCAAUCAUAGAUCUGGCGCGAAACCACAAACGACGAAUUCCCAAAGACCCCAACUGGCACAAGGAUAUCCUUCCGGCGCGGAAAGCGCACUACAAAAACUACCUCCGGGUAGUAGUGGCCAUCAAGAACAAAUCUACCAACCAAGUCUUCAUUCUGCUCAGCGAAAAGACCGCCUAUCACUUUCCCACGGUGGAGAUCCAUCCCGGGCGCAGCAUCCACUCGACCCUCAAAAAAUUCAUGAUCGAACUCUUCGGAGCGGACCUGCCUCAACACCGACCGCACGGAGUCCUCAGCGUGGAACAUCACACCACUCGAUCGCAACCCAACCCCACGGACGGCGUCUGCUUGACGCUGUUGGUCAUUUGCAGGCCCUCGAUCGAAAGUGUGUCCCUCAUCGGAAAGUGUAUCUGGCACGAGCUGAACAAGGAACUCAGCGCCCGGCUGGCGAUGACCGUAGCGGCGAAAAAUUCCACACUUUUGAUGCACGUCGUACGAUAGUGGAAUAGGUACCCACAAUCGACGAAUCUCACACGGCGCAUAUGGCACGCGGAAUGUACCGUUUUUUCUCCGCUGCCACCUGAAGAAGUGCAUUGAUUGUUUUCUUAUAUAUGUGUAUAGCUUUAGUAGUGGAACUACUUGAACAACCAAGUGACUCGGCGAAGAAUACUCAGAGGGUCGUAUAAACCUGGACGAUCAUUUUUGUUUUGUUUCGCGCGCGAUCGGAAUCUCAAUCGCGCAGCUUUGCGGACGACGGGGACGGGGAUGCGGAUGUUUCGCUACUUGUGUUUUAAUUUUGCAUUUUCGUACAGAUGAGCUGCAUGAUGGGCCGAGCUGAGAAAUGGGAGAAAGAAGAGCAGGCAGCCCAAAAAAAAAUGUAAGAAAGUGGAAAAAUGGAAACUAGCAAAUUGUUAAUUCAUUGCCAUCUCUCCGUGCUGGCUGCCGAGCUAUUCAGUGGAAAUUGGAGUCGCGUAAAAUUGGCGAAGAGAAACCACGUGAAACAAAACGCAAAUGAAUUAUGUUGCACGAAAAUAUAAACCAAGAUCGUAGAUAGCCCGGUUGAACUAGAGAACGGAUUAUUGAUUUAUAUUUAUGAAGUGCUUAGUAUUAAAGACGCGGAAAAUAUCUUGUAAAAACUUAUUUUAAAGAAUCUAAUAAAUAAUAUAUUAUGGUGAAGCUAAUCAAUUCCA